AUUUUCCUAAAAAGCAUCUCCUUUCUUCUCCGUCCCCACUCCUCCUCGUCUCAGAUCCUCUCUCUCUCACGGCGUCUCAAACCUUCUCGUUGUCGCCCUCUCUCACUUUCGUCUCUUUCGGCUCUUCGCUCUCUCUCAGCCGAUCUAGACCGACGGCGAAAUUCUCAGCUGCAAAGCCUGCAUUUACCUCGACGGUCACCCACCAGUUCUUCUGACUCUGACUCACGGUUUUGAUUGAUUCUUGAUGAUUAAGAAUGUCAAAAGUCAGAGACAGGACUGAGGAUUUUAAAGAUGCCGUGAGGCGCACUGCUGUUUCUUUGGGAUAUGAUGAGUCUAAAUUGGCCACCAUUUUGGCAAAUUUUAUUAUCCACAAGCCUCACCAAAGAUCAGCUUUUACUAGAGGCGCACUGAAAACACUUGAGAGCAUUAAAACACUAGAACAGUUUAUGUUGAAACAUCGUAAAGAUUAUGUGGAUCUACAUCGCACUACUGAGCAGGAGAGAGAUAGCAUUGAGCAUGAAGUUGGUGCCUUUAUUAAAGCAUGCCAAGAUCAAAUUGAUGUUUUAAAAAACAGCAUAAAUAAUGAAGAAACAAAUUCAACAGGCUGGCUUGGCAUUCGGGUUGAUAAAUCUAAUGCUGAUACUGUAACACACAAACAUGGGGUGGUUUUGAGUUUGAGUGAGAAGCUUCAUUCUGUGACCUCACAGUUUGAUCAGCUGAGAGCCAUACGCUUCCAAGAAGCCAUUAGUAGAGCAACACCAAGAAGAAAAUUUAAGCCUAUUAUUACCAAACCAAGUUCUGAAAAUUCAUCUCAACUAAACAAUUUUGAGCCAAGAGAAGCUGAUCAAUUUCAACCGGAGCCUCUAAAAGUCAAGCAACAGCUCUUGGAUGAUGAAACACGUGCUCUUCAGGUCGAGCUGACUAGCCUUCUAGAUUCUGUUCAAGAAACCGAAACGAAGAUGGUGGAAAUGUCAGCAUUGAAUCAUCUCAUGGCUACACAUGUUUUGCAUCAAGCCAAACAAAUAGGACAACUAUACGAUCAGGCUGUUGAAGCUACACACAAUGUGGAGCUUGGUAACAAAGAACUGUCCCAAGCUAUCCAGAGGAAUAGCAGCAGCAGGACCUUUCUUAUUCUUUUCCUAUUUGUACUUACUUUUUCAAUUUUGUUUCUUGAUUGGUACAGUUAGUUAAAAUGUUUUCACCUCCAAUUAACAAAAUACUAAGAGGGUGUUUGGCACCUUAACUAAAAAACUAUUUUUUGUUUUUAAAAGCUAAAAUCUGUUUUUUGAAAUCAAGUGGGGGUGUUUGGUAUUGUUUUCAGAAAACAAUUUUUAAAAACAAAGUUACAAAAAACAGAAAAUUUUGAGAACAAGGAAAAGUUGUUUUCUGUUGUUCUCAAAUUUUCUCACUUCUUAUUUUUCAUCAUUUAUUGCAAACUUUUAAAAUAUUUAUCUCUUUGUAAAUAUAUUUGUUAAUUUUUUAUUUAAGAUUUUAAAAAAAUAAAACUAAAAAAUUGUUUUUAGAAAAUAUUAACCAAACACCUCUUGUUUUUUGAAAACUACAAAAACAAUUUUCUAUUCUCAUCUCUGAGAACACAAUUUUGAAAACAAAAAACAGAAAACAAUACCAAAUAGGCCCUAUAUUUCUCUUUGUACUUAUUUCAUUGAAAAAGGGGAAAAAAGAAGAAAAGGAAAUGGAAUUUGGUCCUAAA